AUGAGCGAACAAUGCAUUCUGAUACCGGGAGAAUUUGGUGUGUACGUGCAGGUCUUCAUCGGGUGUGUAUCCAUGGGCAUAUUAAUAACCAAGUAUCUUUUCGAGAAGCCAAGAAGAACUUUCAUUGAAUUUUUGAAGGACGUAAUUGUUAUAAUAUGUGGAUCAGUAACACUACAUUUAGCAAACAUAUUUGCGUGCAUAUUCAUUUUCCGAUACCAUAUACUGUCCUAUCUGUAUAAAAUUGAGAUGGAUGAAUGCUCCAUUUAUUUUAUUCAAAUAAUAAUUGAUGCAACAUUGGGUCUAUAUAUGGAAUAUAAAUUAUUUGCAUUAUUUAAGUUACUAAAAAUUAAAAAGGAGUACCUGCAAAACAACUCUAUAUCGUCUAUAUACAAGCCGACUGAUGCUCUCUCUCACUAUUCCUCCUUUGUCACCUUUUCCAACAGUAAUGAUUUAGAGAAAGGGAAAGAUGAAAAAGGUGCGGCCACUAUUAAAAGAACAAAAAAAGGCCACCCUGAUGGUUGUUCCAAGGAAUCAAAUGUGAAAAAAGCAUCUCCACAAAAGGACAAGGCUGAUGCUUUUAGCUCAAAUGAAACCACUGGUGCGUGUUCCCAAAAUGAUCCUCCACAAAAUGGUUCAAACAAUGUGGAAAGGACCAAAGAUAGUAACCCGGGCAAGACGGAUAAUGCCCUACAUAAUGUGUCCCCCAACGGAGGCGCCACAACCGGGGAAGUAACUAUCCAGGGGCCGAGCAAGACGAAUGAAACGAAUGAAACAAAUGAAAUGCGCCAAAUGAAUGAAAACAAACUUGCAAAUGCACACCCGGAGAAAGCCAACAAGCGUGAACAGCAAGGAGGAAAUAUCGAAGCGGAAGAUGUAAGCAACACACGGGAAGAACAACCCCCCUACGAAGAGUGCAGCCAAUACAACAAGUAUAAAAAAUACUACAACAACAACUGCGAAGACUACAAAAAUGAAUUAAAAUUACUGACGAAAGAACCCCCUAAUGAAGAAGUAUGCAUUCAGCUAAACGAAAAUGAUGAUGACGAUAAAGAAAAGGAAGCUACAUACGAAAAUAAAAAUUUAGAGAUUUACAAAAAAAUUGAAGAAAAUUACAUGGACAUCGAUUUGGUUCAAAAUAUUAUCAUCUGGGUAUCUGUAGUCCUAACGGCUAAGCUUAUAUCUUUGAUUGUUUUUCUCUUCUUGUCUCCGAUCUUUAACCUGUUAGUCAUGGGAACCAUAGCCCAUAUCAGCAACAUGAGGUACAAGCUCCUCGUUGUGAUGAUCAUAGUACCCUUCUUCUUCAACUUCAUCAUGUACUUCUACACGGAUAGUAUAGUCAAGACGAAGCACACGUGCAGUAGUGCAAGCAGCGAUAAAAUUUAG